AUGGUUUUCGACGUCUUGGCGCCUGUUCGACGCCCUGCCUCGCCUCCCGUGUCCGUCCUCGACCGUCCACCCCUGCUGUCCGACCGCACUACAUCCUCCACCACCACUUCGGCGCAAUCUCUGUCGUCGUUUCUUGACACUCCCACUCAAUCCGGCCCAUCUUCCCCCAACAACCCCUUGCGUAUCGCUGCCGCACACGCACACAGCGCACACCACCCAUCGUCCCCGCGAAGCCCGCCGUCGGCGUUCAAGCGUAACAGCGUCCCCGCACCCACCAAGCUCUUUGACGGCGAGGACACGCGGCUGUCGCUCCUUACACAGCUUCGCCUUUCCAAGGAAGACGCCGAGUGGGAGCUCGUCGACGUUGGAGACGCCGGUGCACCCGCCGCAACCCGUAUCCCUUCGCGUAGCAACAGCUUUAGCGGCAAACUCUCGAGGUCAAAGAGCGCCCGUAACAAGCUCUCCGCCAUGAUGUCGACGGCUGAACCACCACGCACCGGCGCGCCCGUGACAAAGAAGCCAUCUGGCUUCUUCCGUCGCCUCACCCAGUCCAACAAGGAGCAACCCCCUGUCCCGCAACCCACUGUCCCAGACUCUGCCCCGCAGCUGCCCCGGAUGUCGACGUUGCUCAUGAACGACACCAUGAGCCUGCCCGGGACCAGCAGCUCGCGAAGCAGUCUCCUUGCCGGUACCCACUUUUCCUCUGCUGCUCAGAACGCGCUCGUAACUCCACCAAAGCCCUCGACCCCUACCCCUCCUCCUCACCAGCUUCCUCCUGGAGCAGCGCCUCCGCGCCAGAUGAGCCCCACCUCGCCCAACGGCAACAUGACACACUCUAGCUCGUUCCGAGUCCAGAACAAGCCUCAGUACCCGAACGGGAUGGCGAACGGCGGUGGUCCUCCGAACGGCGCGCCCCAAGCGCAAUACGGUCGCCCACAGGUUCAGCCCAACGGUGUGCCUCAUCCGGGCAUGGGCAUGCCGCAGCAGUACCAACCCAUGCGGCCGCAACAGCAGCAGCAGCAGCAGUACGCACCCCAACCUCCGACCAAGGGGCCGGUGAGCGCAGCGCUCGCUGGUCCCCCACGGAGUGCUCCAGUACCAACCAUGGCGUCGCCUCCCCUCUCGCCGACGGGCGCGUACUUUGAUGGCGGCAUGCCCCAGAUCUCGCACCCCGUUCAGCACUAUUCGCGCCCACCACUGCUCGAUGGUCCCCCGCGCCAGAGUCCGCAGCCGCAGCAGCAGCAGCAGCAGCAGCAGCAACAACAACAGUUUAAUAGGCCGCCUCCUAACGCCCAGCCGAAUCGUGCCAACGGCAGUGCAUACGAGAUCAUUGCGUCGUCAAACCGCGCCCCAAGCUCCAACGGGCACGCCGCACCUCCCCCUCCCUCGUCGUCAUCGGGCGCGCCCAUUGCGAGCCGCUUCGCGAGCCCCUCCCGCCAGGCAUCCCUUCCUAACGGCGCGGCCCCUCCUCAACAGCAACCGCACCAGCGCGAGAUCCCUACUCCUCCCACAUCGUCUCAAGGCCACGGGUACAACCACACUCGUGGCGCUCCCCCUCCUCCGUCCUUUGGCCAACGCCCAGCACCGCCGUCGGCCAACGGCGGCUAUGCCCCGGGUGCGUUCGCCCCGGGAUCCGUCAUGCCCCAGGUGACCCCGCCUGCGCGGUCCACGUCGGUGCAGUACAGGAACACCCCUCCGCCGAACGGUCGUGGGCCAACGCAGCCGCCGCAGAACAACAUGUCGCCGCCACCGCAGAACCAGGCCAUGUCCCCUCCCGCGAGGAAUCAGCAGAUGGCCCCCCAGCAGAUGCCCCAGCCCAUGGUCCAGUCCAUGCCCCAGCCCAUGUCGCCACCUACAAGAGGACAAACAAUGCCCCAGCCAAUGUCUCCUCCCCAGGCGCGGCCUGUGCCCCAGCCCAUGUCUCCUCCUGCCAGGACACAGACACAGCCAGCGCCCCAGCCCAUGUCCCCGCCUGCUAGGACGCAGCCAGCGCCCCAGCCCAUGUCCCCGCCUGCUAGGACACAACCAAUGCCCCAGCCCAUGUCCCCACCCCUCGCCAUGCCUACCGCAAACAGGACACCCGAUGACCGUGCCCCGCAAAUGAUGCCUCCAGGUGCAAUGGCGCCCUCAAUGCCUCCGGCGCCCUCGUAUCCUCAUCCCACUUCGGGACACGGACUCUCGUCCCCGACAGGCCCUCGUCCUGCGCCGCCUCUUGGCCCUCGCCAAGCGCAAGGACUGACGACUCCGCUGUCUGCCGGUGCUCCUCUGGCCAUGCCCUCGGGUCCUGUUGGUAGCAGGGCUAUUCCCACCACCGAGACCAUUCUGUCUCCCACAGCUGAGUCGAGUGAACCACCUGCUCCUGCCCCUCCUUCCCACUCGGUUGCCCCGCCUGCGUCGCGAGCUGCACCCUUGUCCAACACUGGGCGCCUUGGAAACGUUGCCCCGUCUACCGCCGCCCCUGCACAGCUUGGCCCUACGAACAGUGGAGGCACCUAUCAGGUUAUCGCCAGUAGCAAAGCAACUGCCCCGCUCCCUGGUACGGCUCCUGCUGUUCCUUCGCCGUCCACCAAGACUUCUUCCAUUCCGCCGAGCGCGUCGACCGGCAGCAUGGACGGCAAUUCGAACGCCAGCGUGGGCAGCAUUGCCGCGCCGACGCGUCCCCGCAUUCACAUCCCACAGACGACCCCGACGCCUCCACCCCAGGCGCUCCCUUACUCGUCGCCGGCGAUUAGCUCUGCGAUCGCGCCGCCGCCGUCCCAGUCGACCCCCAUGCAUCCUGUUGGGGCCGGUCCGAUGGCUCGCGGCCCUGCGCCGCUGACCUCGACGGCGCCGGCCGCGGCUCACGCAAAAGCCAAAGUGCCUGAGGAUCAACAAGUCACGGGUAUUAGGGCACGAGGCCCGAGCGCCAACGCCGCCACCACCCAGCCUGUCGACGCGGCCAGCGUUCGCCCCGCCAGCCUCGGAGCAAACACCCCAGCAGCUGCAGCUACGGCGGUGGCGGCGGCGGCGGCAACGGGAGCGGUUGCUGCCGCUGCAGCCCGCCGCAUCGUAUCGUCGCCUCUUGCGAGUCCCACCAUCAACACUGCUCCAUCCAUCGCCAGCGACAGCUCCCCACAGCGUCCAUCCAUCGACAACAACAGCAUCAGCCGCAGCCCCCAGCAGGCCCGCAGUGUCUCGGGACAAACGCGCCGUGCAACCGUCCUCUCGGCCGCGUCCACUACAUCAAACACCACGGGCGAGAGCCCCCGCUCCAGCGUCAAGACCCCACACACAGUUCGAUCGAUCGAGUCUGGUGACGACACGAUGGGCCGUGGAUCCGGAGACAGCAAGCGUGCGUCGGUGCUGCACCGCCCGCGUCCCAAGAAAAAGGACAUCAAGACGCUCACGUUCCUGCUGUCGCACCCGCGUAUCAGCGUCUCGCUCCUCCCGUUCCUCAACAUCAACACGUUCCUCAACCUCCUUGGAUCCGAUGAGAUGCUGCGCCGAUACGUCUCUGGCGAGAUGGUCGGCCGCUGGGUCAUGUCCGAGUGGGGUGUGACCGUGGAGCGCGAGCGUGGACGCUCAUGGCCAGGCCUCACUGUGUGGGAAGGAUUCCUCGAGUCCCUCCUGCACGAUCCUGCAGUGUACAGCACCUACCCGGCCCAGUACCACAACCUGCUCCGCCACUUGAGUCUUUCGCACACACUCAUUGUCCUCUUCCUGCGCACCCUGCCUGCUUCGGCGUUCCCCUACUCGCCUCCCCUCCCCUUCGAGGACGACAUUACGCUCCCGACUCUGCACAAGUCGAGCUCGGCAGGCAGCCUGCAGGCACCGCGCCGCCCCGGGUCGCGCGCCAACAGCCACGCCGGCUCGGACGCUGGCGGCAGCACGACCAACCUCACGGGCAAGAUGCCGCGCCGCGAGCGCGUCACCGAGGUCAUCAUGCCGGAGCCUCUGUCGGCCACACCGGCCAGCGCGACUGGCAACGGCCCGUCCCUCGCCAAUGGCCAUCCCAGUGGUAAAAAUGGCGGUAAGUUGCAUCGUCGUCGUGGCUCGAUUGGCUCCAUUGGUUCCAACGCUACAGGCUCUCUCGGCUUCCGCAAGCGCUCCAACAGCUCGUCGGCCACGACGGAGGCGCUCAACGCGCCGCAGACACACACCACUGCACCCAUCCCGCAGGGCAAGGCUGCGUUCCCGCCCGUCUCGUACCCAACCGCCAAGCGGUACGAGUUCCUCCGGUACGGCGACGGGUCUGGUGGCAGUCCCAACGGCGGCGGCGGUGGUGGCGGCGGCGGCGGCAUGGGCUCGCGUCCUGGUUCGAUCAUGUCCGCCCAGUCCGGCUCGGUCGCCCAUGGCCUCGCAUCACUUGCUGGUCACGGCGACAACUUGCCCAUCCCGCCCCCCAUCGGCGGUGGACGCCGGGAACGUUCCAGCGUCAACAGCAGCGAGGGCGGCCGCUCGUCGCGCCGCUCAGACGGCCACUCGUCCCCCGUCCAGAGGCGCUGGGACUCGCCGACCAACAACAGCCGGUACGAGCCGGCGUUUGACCGCCCGCCGCCAUACAUGGUCGGCCGUGCGCCGAUCCUGCGCGUGUUUGUCCCCGUCUCGGACCGCGUGCCCCGCUGGCCGUCGUCCGAAGGCGCCGCGGCCGCGUGGCGCGAGCUGGAAAAGUGCGGCGCCAACAAGCGCAUGCGUCUCGGCGACCUGGUCGUCAACACGGCCCUGCACCGCCCGUCCAACACGGAACACGUGCUUGUCUACGUGCCCUUUGUGGCGCACAAGCUCGUCCCUCUCGAGUAUGUUCACUGCUCGACGGGCCACCUCCCGCACUAUCUCGACGCGUUCGCCCUGUCGCCGACAUACUACGACCCGUUCCUGCCCACCCCGCAGAUUGUCUAUCUCGACUUUGCGCCGUACGCGCAGCAGGGCAUGUCGUCCCUCCGGCUGGCGUAUGACCGACGCGACGUCAUUGUCGCGUCGGGCGCGCGCCUCAGCGCCAAACGGUACCUGCACGUCGCCGGUGUCGAGAUCCAGCAAGGCGACCGCGUCGCGCCCGAGUGGCACGGCAUGCUCUCCCUCGAGAGCGAGGGCACCGCCGAGGGCCUCAAGGAGAUGCAGGCGCGGUUCGGAAACGGCGACCCGGCGCGCGCCGUCAUGGGUCCAUGGGAGGUCGUGAGGGAGCGCUCCAUGAUGGGAAGCCUGUGGCUGCGCCUCGUCAAGGAGGACCGCAAGUGA